ACACGGGUAGUUGUCAUGGCGAUGGAGUCAGCUGCGGCGUCGGCUCCUGAUGUUGUUGCCAUGGAGAUAUCCGCGAGAGGCACGCUCCCGGUGGUGGAGGAGGACGAGGGCUCCGGCGUUCCAGGGUCCGAAGAGCGGUUUCAAUAUCGCCGGGGAGCAGAGAGGCGACGCCGCGGGUUGCCGUUCAACCAGAGCAGUCACUACAUGCUGAUAGUGAUCGGAGAGAUCGGCACAGAGCAGCAGCUGGAGACCGCCAGAGCACAGAUAGAGCGCGGAAUUCGAUCCUGGGAUUUGGACCUCCAAAGAUGUGACCUUGAUCAGCAGCUGCAGCUGUUUAUAACGCGUCACUCUGCCCACUUCUCCUCCGAGGUCAGAGGACAAAGGACGCUCCACCACAGAAGUGAUGUCCUAGAGACUGUUGUGCUGGUCAACCCUUCUGAAGACUCUGUUAUAUCAGAGAUCCAGACUCUGCUCACAGACUCAGCAGGACACAAGCUUCUGGUCUUGAGUGGCCAGAGCUCAGAUCACGGCGGCCUUCUCCUGCAAACUGGGGUCUUCAACUACCAGAUCUUUUCCAGAGUCAUUACUGAUCCUGGGGUCACUGCGUUACUGGGAACAGCAGCCCCCAAGCAGCAGGCAACACUUACUGUGUCCUGCCGUGGGGAGGUGGGCUGGAGCUCCCUGGGACAGCUGCCGCCUCUGCGGGACAUCGUGGACUACAAACUAAAUCCAGAGCCUGUCCUCCCCAAGAUGGACGGAGUCAAAGAGUUCACAGAGUAUGUCUCUGAAACUGUUGACGUCCCAUCUCCUUUUGACCUCCUGGAGCCCCCCACUUCUGGCGGCUUCCUGAAGCUGUCAAAGCCAUGCUGCUACAUCUUUCCCGGUGGACGAGGAGACUCUGCUCUCUUCGCAGUGAACGGCUUCAACAUUUUAGUAGACGGAGGUUCAGAACGGAAAUCCUGCUUCUGGAAACUGGUCCGUCACUUGGACCGUAUCGACUCCAUGCUGCUCACACACAUCGGUGCCGACAAUCUUCCAGGCAUCAAUGGGCUUCUUCAGAGGAAGAUAGCAGAGCAGGACGAGGAGCACUCACAGGGCUCCAUGAACUGCAGUGACUGGAUGAAAAACCUCAUCUCCCCCGAGCUUGGUGUCGUGUUCUUUAAUGUUCCGGAGAAGCUCCGCAUGCCGGAAUCUAACCUUAAAGUCAAACGCAGCAUUGAAGAGGCCUCGCUUACGUUGCAGUACCUUAGCAAACUUGGAGUCAAGCCAGAGCCUUUGUUUAGAGUUGUCAGUAACACCAUUGAGCCCAUCACGCUUUUCCAUAAGAUGGGCGUGGGAAGACUAGACAUGUACGUUCUGAACCCCGUGAAGGACAGCAAAGAGAUGCAGUUUUUAAUGCAAAAGUGGGCCGGUAACAGCAAGGCCAAGACUGGCAUAGUGCUGCCAAAUGGGAAGGAGGGAGAAAUCUCUGUGCCCUACCUGACAUCAAUCACAGCCCUGGUGGUGUGGCUCCCUGCCAGCCCUACAGAAAAGAUCGUCAGAGUGUUGUUCCCUGGGAAUGCACCACAAAACAAGAUACUGGAAGGCCUGGAAAAGUUAAAGCAUCUUGACUUCUUGCGUUACCCUGUAGCCACUCAAAAAGAGAUUUCCUCUGGAGCUCCUCCACCUGUCAUUAAACAAACCAAAUUAAAACAAAGAACUGACAGCAAAGAGAGUCUCAAGUCCUCUCCAAAGACCACAGCAAAGGCUUCAAAGAAGGAAAGUGACUUGCAGGAUAAUGUGUCAGCCGCCACAGAGGCAAAGAGCGACUCUGUGAUUGAACAGGUCUUCGAGAAGAAAGAAGAGAAAAAGCCCACCAAGACUAUCAAAUCUAAAGCCGAAACUCCAGAAAAGAAGAAGCUUCUGAAGGAAAAGUCACUGAAGAAGCAUUCCAAGGAAAAGUCGGCAAAAACAGAAGAAAAAAAGGACAAGGAAAAGAAAGAGAUCAAAAAGGUGAAGAAAGAUGACUCUGCCAAAAAAGACGAGAAAAAAGAUGCCAAGUCCAAAGAGGACAAGAAGAAAGACGUGUCCAAACCUGAAUUGAGAAAGAUCACAAAGCCUGACCUGAAACCACUUACCCCAGAAGUGAGAAAAACUUUGCAUAAAGCUAAGGCUUCAAGUAAAUCCAAAACCGCAAAAGGCAAAGCAUCAAAGGCUGAGCCAAAAGAAGAUGUGAAACUCACUGCUGUGCAGCCAGAGUCCACUGAGAGCAAAUGUGCUGAAGGCACUUCUGCUCUCUCCACGCCUGAAGACCUCACCAAAGAAUUUGAAGAACUGGAAAAGGAAAAACUUAAAGCUGAAAUGGAAAUAAAUGACGUUUCUGAAAAACCAACAGCUGAGAGUCCCAUCCCAGAGAAGAAGGAAGCUGAAGAAACAGCUUCAGAGAUCCCGCGAGGAGCAAAGUCUCCUGAAAAAGAGGUCCCUGAAUCCAAAGAAGACAUUAAAGACAGAGAGAAAGAAAUGGAAGAGGCUGAGGAUGAGGGAGCGGAAAGUCAAGAUGAGGAGGAAGUAGAAGAAGAGCUCCCCGCAGCAGAAAAGAAAGUACCAGAAGAGGAGGAGGAGGAGGAAGAGGAAGAUAUGGGGAUAGGUGAAGAUGAGGAUGACUCCAAGGGGCAAGAUGUAAAAGACGAGGAGCUGGACAGGAAGCAUGAGAUAGAAGAAAUGGAGAAAUCAGAAAAUCUGUCUGCCAAGGCAAUGACAGUACAGCUUAAAAUGUCACCAGCCAAGGAUGACAUAGAGGAAGAGGAGGAGGAAGAGGAGGCUAUUGAAAAGGCAGAACUGGAGGAAGUGGAAGACUUAGAUGUGAUCGCAGAUGAGGAAAUCAACGAGAAACCUGGAAAUGCUGCAGAAAGCAAAACUCUGGACAUUUUGACUGCAGCUAAAUAUGAGAAAGAGGACGAAGAGGGCUACCUGUCACAAGUCGAAGGAGCCACGGCUCCCAUACAUUCAGCUCUUCCAGGAGCUGCUCCAGUCGAGGCCAUCUCCUACAUCCAAGAUGAGACAAUUCCAGGCUACUCGGAGACAGAGCAGACCAUCUCAGAUGAGGAGAUACACGAGGAAGCAGAGGACAGAAUACCUCAUCUUCAGUACGACGUUGGCGUUUAUGACAUCUCUGUUCCAGAUCAGACCGGCUCUUUUGUAAACAUUCAUGGCAUGAGGGAAAUGCAAGCCGCAGCCAUGACCGAGAAAGGCUUUAUUCCGGGUGUUCAAGAGCAAGUGUCUCUUUUCACCAACAUCAUGACGGCCCCUCUAGCCGAAGAAGAGCACGUGUCCUCUGCAACGUCCAUCACAGAGUACGACAAAAUGUCCUCUCUUCCUACUUCAAUCGCCGAAGAUCAGUCUGUGGCGUCUACUGCAGCUCCUGCUGCCGAGGAACUGACCAAAACUCCAUCUCCUCUGUCAACUACACCUAAAACUGCUGGAAGCAAAGAGCAGCCGCGCUCUGCAGAAACUUUGUCCCCACCUUCUUUGGAAGAUGAUCAACAGUCCAAGCCUUCAGCCGAGGAUUUACAGCUUCCUGUUGGAGCAGGAAGGACAGUAGCUGAGGCCCCUCAUGCUACUGAAGAGGAGGAGGAGGAAGAAGAGGAGGAAGACGAGGAAGACCAAACCCCUAAUGUUGAUAUUUCACUGGAAAAACUUCAAGAGGGUUAUGCUUCAUUUCAAACUCCAAAAGUUAAAGAGACAGAUGAAGAAAAGCUCUCUGGCCAAGGAUCUCCUGGAAAGGCCCACCAUGACCUCACACCGGUGCAUCUACCAGUCGAAGAGGAAAAUAUAGAUGUUGUCGCUCCUAAAGAUAUUUCCUCUGUCGUGCCUACUAGACCGUAUGGAUCGGACUCCGUGACGUCAGAGAGUGAAGAGCGCUGCUUCAGUCCGGAUGAUAUCACUGUAAAACUGGCUUCUCCAGCGCAGUCUGGGCCCUCGAGUGCCGCUCACUCUCCCCUCCGACAGUCACCGUCGGAUGACAAGACGAAGACCUUCCCUGAUUUAGAGCUUCAAAAGCAGGAGAGGCUUCCCGACGGGGAUAAGAAGAAAGAGGACGAGGGAAAAGAAGCCGACAGUCAGAAAGGAGGUGAAACUGAAAUUGUGAGAUCUGAGGAGAAAUCUGAUGAACCUAACAAGAAAGAUGUCGUGAAAGAGUCAGACACUGUAUUUGUGCCAAAAGAUAAUGAAAAAGAGGCAGAAUUUACUCCUGCACUGCAUUCUUCAGAAGUUGGGAAGGAGUCCCUCCACUCAUUUCAGGACAGAGGAAGGGACUCUACUGGGCCGGCACCAGGAAAAAGUCCAGAGUCCAGAGAGUCCUUUAGUGAUGACGAGGAUAACAAGAAAGACGAUGAUGGCAGUCCAUCUGCCAUUAAAACUAGCUUUGUGGAACAAGACAAAGAUAACGAUGACACCCUAAAUGUCAAACGAAUGGAGGAUGAACAGAAUAAAGACGUCUCCACCGCCAAAUCCUUCAUAGAUGGAAAAGCAGAGAAAGAAGCAGCAAAGGAGGAAACUCCUGAUGUUAAUAAACUCGACAAGGAGGAAAUGAAAAAAGACGCUGCUGUCACUGAUGGUGCAGUUAAAGAUGAACACAAAGAGCUUUUGGUCAAAAGCAGUGAACAAGCAAAGAUGGAAACUGUUCCAUCUGAGGUUAAACAGGUCAGAGAUGAGGAGAAAUGCAAGGAAGCAACCCAAGGAGAUCAAUCUGACCUCAGAACUGGUGAUGAUCACCUGGAAACACAAGCCAGGAAAGAAGUGCCUGAUGGGAAGGUUUUAAAAGUUGAUGAGAAGAAAGAGUCAGAAAAGACAGACACGUUGGAUGUUUGCUCUGUUAAGACUGACGAGACACAAAUAGAGGAUGUCCAACCUUUAGAUAUUAAAACCAUCAAAGGAGAGAAGGAGAAAGAUUCUGCAGUAGACACAUCAAUUCCUGAGUGCAGCUAUGAUCAGAAGAAAGAGGGGAAAGAAAAAUCAGAAAUUGAACUAGCAGAAGAGAAAAAAGAGAUGGAAAAAAGUGAGCUCGUCACCAAACCCCUCACAGAUGAGCCAAAGAAACAAGAGGAGGAGUCCAUCACUGAGCUCAGCAAAGAAGAAGUUAUUAGUAAGAGUAAUGAAUCAUUAGCAACAAUGAAAGAAGAAAAGGAGAAAAAAGGAAGUGAAGAUAUUAAAUCAUCCAUAAACCUCACCAAGGUAGAAGAUGUGACAAUUAGUAAACAAGAGACUUUUGCAGCUAAGACAAGUGAGCAAGAAAAAGAGACCAGCCAAGAAGAUAGCAUGGAGAUUAAACCUGGCAAGCACGAUGACAACACAACCAGCAAGGAAGGGCCAUUCUCUCCAAAACCUGCUGAUGAGGAUAAGAAAGAGCACUUGGACAAAGAUAUCACAGCAUUUAUUAAACCUUCUUCUUCAGAAAAAAAAGAUAAUCUGCUUAGUCAGGAGGGGAGUCCUACAGAGCAUGAAGAAAGUAAAGAUGCUGGCGGUGCAGGUAAACCUCCCCUGAGGGAUGAGCCUGUAAUGACACAUGAGGAUAUUGGCUUCUCUGACACACCAACCAUAGCAAAAGCAGAAGAAACACAUCACACUGACAAACCAACGGGUGCAGGAGAAAAAGCACAAGAAGCCACCAAAGACAUUUGUGCCCCUGAAAUGAUAAAAGACGAUGUAACCAUUGAGGAAAUUCCUGAUGUUAAAACAUCCAAAGAUAAGACGGUCUUGAGGGAUGCAGUGAUGGUUGCUGCACCCACCACACAGGAGGAACACAAAGAAUAUUUAUAUGAUGCAGAAAUAAAGGAGGAGAAACUAGCAGAAAAGAAGGAAACACUCAGUGUCAAACCCGAAACAGAAGAAAAAGGAAUAAUUCAGGAUCAAAGCAUUUCUGUGAAGCAAAUAGAGGAUAGUAAGGACUCCACUGCAAAAACAAUAUCAGACAUAAAACUCAAUAAAGACGCAAAUACUGAGUCCACAGCCAAUGCGGAGGAGAAGGCUGGCACCUCAGAAGAAAAACUCAUAGACGAUGACUCAAAAGAAAUGAGAAUGACAAAAUCUGAGGAAGAAAUUAAGGUGAAAACAGUAGAUGAAAAAAUUGAUAUUCCUGAAAAACCACAAGGAAAGGAAAAGGAUGUAGAAGAUGCUUUUGUUAAAACCCCUGAAGAUGACAAAAGAGCAGAAGCACGUUACAUUGAUGAGAAACAAACACAAAAGCAUGAAGAUUCUGAAAUGACUGGCCAAAAAUCCAUUUUGGAGCAGGAUGAUGGUGAAAAAGAAAAAGAAGAAGACGUGGAUGAGAAAUUCAUGGAGAUAAAAGACAGAGAAGAAACAAAAUAUUCAUUGAAAGCUGUAGAUUCUGGUGCUGAAUUUGUCAAGCAGGAGAUCUCUACCCUGACGAGUGGACCCACAGAAGACAUAAUAGGCAUUGAUAAAUAUUCUUUUGAGUCUGAUUCCAAGAAAACUGAUAAAGAAGUGGACAACCUUCAGCCUAAAGCUGUUGAAGAGGAGAAGGCAGCAAAGGACGAUGUUCCUGAUGUUUGUACUCAAGAUGCAAAAACCGCUGACAGGCUUUCUGAACCUCAGACAGAGAAAGAAACAUUCUCUCCCACCCAGCUGCAUGCAAAAGAGUCAAAGGUCAUUAGUCAGGAGAAGGCAGAGAAAGAAAAAGAUGAUGCACAUGUUGCUGAACUGAGCAAAGAACAGAAAAUGGAGAAAGAACAGGAAAAAUACUACACUUACGAAACUGAAGACAUUAGAGAUGAGAAGGUGCAACCAGUAGAAGAUGAGAAGACGAAUGAAGGAAAGACUGUUACUCAGACAAAGACGGAUGCAGUGAUGGAGCAUGAAAUGCCUGAGCUUGCUGAUGUGGAGCUCUCCAAAGAGGAGAAAUGGGAGAAAGAGGAAGUUCAGGAGAAGGACCUGGACAAAAGCGUUAAGCAGUCUCCUUCAGAAGCAACACUUUUAGGGUCCAAGUCAGAUUACAAGCCCACCUUCUCUGUUCAGUCGUCAGAGGAAGGCCGAGACGAUGAAGAGGAGGAACAAAUUUGCAUGGGAGGAGCAGGCUCAAGACCCUUGACAGUGGAGCCUCAAAAAUAUGAGACUGACCUUCCUUCUGCGGGAUUGUCUUUCACCCAGACUCCACAAACAAGUGAUCGAACGGAACCACGUCAACAGCCCACAGUGGUUAUACCGACACUCACCAUGCAGGAGCCUUCCGUGGAUGAAGACCUGAAAGAGUACGGAAAAGACACCUGCAGCCUUUCAUCUGAAGCUGAAAAAGACAUUGUGACAACAGAAACAGCCUCCGCACCACUAGCUCAGCCAGAACCGUCUUUUGAUGUGACAUCCAAAAAGGAGGAAACACCUCGUGUCACUGGAGCUGCAGAAGCAGAAAAACUGUCAGAAUCAGCCGAGAAAAAGCCUGUGCUGUCAACGGUAUCCAGCACUGACAGCCAACCAAAGAGCUCCACGCUCUCCAGCACAGAAAGUCAGUCUAGUUUAGAGGAAACUUCGCAUGAUGUCAAGCUCACACCACCAUGCAUAGGCUCAGAGGUGGCCAAGCCGGAUGAGAAGACAGGAAAGGAAGCAGAGAAGGAGAUGGAAAGAGAAAGGGAAGUUGCUUCCCCAGGGCUAUCCCAGCAUUGUUCAUAUUUCAUGUUGGACAAAGAACCGGAAGACACCAAAACUCAUUCUGACCCAGAAAAAAUGGAAACUAGGGAAAAAACGAGCUCAGACAGCAAAGUCAUUGGUGGAAACAUUCAAGAUGUUGGUCCGUCCAAAUAUGAGCCGUAUGAAAAGCCUCUCUUAAAAGAUCACAAUCUCGACUCAAGAGACAAAAGUGAGGUCUCUCCAGGUUUUGAUCAUUCCUCUGACAUGUGCUUUGACGAUAAUAGAAGGACAAGCCCAACAGAUGAUGCAGGAGCCAUCUACCUUCUGGAUGAUCAAUUCAAAGAAGAACCUUUGUCCUUCAGUAGAGUUGACUACAGCCCAACUUCCCUCACGGAGAGUGAAAGACGCAGCCACCACAGCCCGAGUGCCUCUCAUGAAGAUGAAGACAGGGAGAAAAGUCAGGAGAAGGAUCGAGAGGCAGGACUCAGUCCUUCCAGUGUUGACAUGAAGCAUUCAUCUUCAGAUAUCCAAGAUAACAAAAUGUCCCAAGCUGCCAACUGGUAUUCUUUUACUCCCAAAGAGGAUAAACCAGAAAAGUCAGAGAGAGAGAAAGAAGAAGCAGAAGAAAGUUCUCAGAAACUGACAAAGGGACUAGGUGGUACUGUCACGGCCAGCUCUGUCAUUUCUUCGGCACCCCCCUCAUUAAGACAGGAAACGCCUUCUCCCUCAUUCAGCCACUCAGAUCUCAGUGCCUCAGCUGCAGGCGGAGCUUUUGUAGAGUUCACAGAGGAAGACGCGACAGACAAAAGGAAAGAGAAAUCUUUGGAAUUAUUCAAGGAAACAGUGACUUCCUGUCACAGUCCAGGAGAGGCAUCUCCAUCUGGUCGGCCUUCCCCUGCAGAAAAAGACAUUUUACCUCAACAAGCAUCACAGUCAGCUGGACAUGAAACAGCAAUGGACUCCAAGUCUGAAGCCACCUUUAUAGGACAUGAAACAGAUGAGAAUGUUUUGGCUUUUGAUAACAGUCACACCAGAAGCUCCGAUCCAGGUAUGUCUGUGAGUUUUCUCAUGGGUAAAGAGAGCUUCAUGGAUAAAAGGCUAUUGGUAGAAGGUGAGGAUUUUAACGUUGGUGAUGAUGAAGAUGAAGACGAGGAGGAAGAGGAGGAUGAGUCAAGCGAUGUUGACAUGGAAAAGGGUGCCAGAGAGCAGUUUGAGAAAGAGAUCUGCAAGCAAGAUUCUGAUGACACCGUCAGGUCAAUAGAGAAAGAAGACUCAAAUAAAACAGCUCAGAUCCCUGAAUCAAGCCAACCUUCACAGGAACCUGUCUGUAAAACAACUCCUCAUGAGGACUCUGGUUUUCUAGGUGCAGAGAGCAGCAAGAAGGAUGUUGGAGGGAAACCAGACAAAGAAGACAGACUUGCUGAGACAACAUCAAAAGUUACAGAGAUGAAAAGUCAAGAUGUCAGCAAAACCUUUCCACUGCCUGACCUGAGCCCAGUCAGAGCAGAUGAGAGCAGGUCUGCAGUGGCUGAACUUCUAAAACAUGACAAGGAACAAGAAGAUAAAGACAAAACACAUUUUUCCACUGAGUUUUCCUCAACAUUGACAGAAACUGCUUCAUCUAAAGGAUCAGAGUCCAAGAAAACAGACAAAGAGCAAGUUUCACCUUCACCAGAGUCUACAGGUGUCACACAAGAAACUUGUCAAAAGACAUUUCCAAGCCGCUCUUUGCCAGCUCCUCACUCAGAGUCCAAACCUUCAUCUGGCCCAUCCUCUUCGCUAACUGAUAGCUAUGCUGAUAUUGGACUGAAUAGGUUGGCGCAAUAUUCUGAGCAUUUUCCAAGUCUUCAAAGCCAAGAUGGGUCAAAGCAUGGGAUGAAACAAGCCCCUUUGCUUUCAGAUCCCUCCCAUCUCUCAAAGUCAGAUAAUUACACAUUUUUAGGCCAAAGAGAUGUCCAAGAAGAAUAUCUGGAUGAUAAGACGACAGAAAACAAAUGUGAGGAAACCACCCCAUCAGAUUGCACUUACACCUCCCUGACAGAUACUGCUAAACCACACUCUUCUACAUCAUACAGCUACACUUCUUCUGCUUCAAUGUCAGCUCUCUUGAGCCAACGUUCAGGGGAUAGAGCUGAAGCUACAGCAGUGUCUGACGUGUCUUUAGUCCAAGAGGAGCCAUCACUGACAGUGGCAUCGUCAAGCUCAUGCUUUGGAGGUUUUCAGAGAGAUGAGUACAUGGAGGUAAUGACAAAACCUGCAACAGACGUGCCCAAACCAUCCUCUCUGGAUUCCUCCAUCACUGCCAAGCAUCCUGAGGACAAAGAACAAAGAACAGAUAUAGAGUUGAGUUCCACCAUUACAACAUGUACUACACCAGCCUCUCAACAAAAGGUAGAGCCUUUAAAAAUGCCAGAAUCUUGUUUUGAUGUGUCUCCUCUUGAAAGGGCUGGCCUCUCUGACAGUGGGCCUUAUGUCAAGGAGCCUGAUGCACUUAAAACGGAGAACGGCACCCUUCCAUGCCGCGUUGAUUGUGGAAAAAUCCCAGUGGCUGAACAAAAAGAGACUUUUCCAUCAGUGUCUGAGUCCUAUUUGCUUCAGAGUACCAUGUACUCCACGGACACAAAGACAGUGACCAUUACCUCCACCACUGUUGUGUCUAAGCCUGACGCAAUGAUGGAAACACUCCAACAAACAACCUCGGUCACUCCACCAGCUGAUGGUGGAGCUCCCAUAGCUUCAUGUGCCAUAACAGGCCUGCCCAAAACAGAUGAAAGUAAAACGGAAAUGUUUCAGGUAGAUGAGGGGAAAAAAAGUGGAGCCAUCAUGAAGGAUGUUGCCAAAACGUCAGUGACCACCUUUAGAGAAAAAGAAGAAACAGAAACACUGAAAGACACAGAAAGUAAACAGAAAAAAGAUGGAAGAAGCACAGAAGAUGGAGAACCAGCUGAGUUUAAACUGAGUCAACAUGUUCAACUGGAAAAAGAAGGAGAUAAAGCAAAGGAAGAAAGCUUGUUGAAGAUGCCAUCAGAACGGUCAGCAUCAAGAAGAAAGAGCAGUAUAUCUGAUUGGGAGCUCAUACAAAAACCAGACGACUUCCCCGAUGUCCCUCCAGGUUAUGGAGAUGAGGAGGAGGAAGAGACAGAGGGAAGAGCAAGGGAAUGGAUGAGCACCUCCCACGGCACAUCUAUGUUCUCAACUCAAGCCUACCACAAAGAAACAUCUAGGAACGUGAAGACUGAUCGGCCGUGCGACUUGAACACUGGUGCAGCUUCCUCUUCCGCCUCUGCUCAAGGGUACUCCUCCUGUGAAUAUAAACAUCACAAAGGGGAGCUUUCUCCGUCCUUUAUCAACCCCAGUCCUCAUCUCCUCUCUAGCGAUGAAGGUGAACAGGAUGACCAAGGUUACCGACCCCAGGAAGGGAGUGAGGAUGAUCAUGAGCAACAUUCAGUUAAACGGAGAUCCCACAAGCAGAGGCACUAUCAUGGAGAGGCAGCUGCAGCACCACACCAGUCUGGUUUGACUGUCACGUUAGCGGGUGAGGAAACACCACCCACAUCUGCGAGUGAAUCCAUGCCUUCCCAGUCUGACUCCGACGUGCCCCCAGAGACUGAGGAGUGUCCCUCCAUAACAGCUGAGGGGAACCUGGACUCUGAUGAGGAUGCUGAGCAUCUGCCCGUGGACAAGUUAGCUUCCGCUGGCGCUGACGGAUCCCACCACUCUCCAUCACCACGUUCGACUCAGAAAACUCAUGACCCCCUUCCCACACCAGUGAAGGAUCCCCUUCCCCACCCUCCCCACCCUGAUGUGUGCAUGGUGGACCCAGAGGCUAUUCUUAAUGAUCACAGCAGCACAGAGAAACCUCUGAAGAAGGAGCACAAGACCACCAAGGGGCUGAGGAAAAGCAAACCCAAGUCAGCAUCUCCUGCUCGUAAGGGGGAGGGCAGGAAGAGGUCUUCCACUCCCGCGAAGCAGACAAAGGGCUCUGCCUCACCUCGAUCCGCCUCCCUCAAGAGGAAGGAGACAGAUAGAACCUCCAAGCUGAUCAAAAUGUCGGAGAGUCAAGGCUCUAGGAGUGAGCUUCUCAACCCAGGAAAAGGCCUGGUCAACGGCAUCAAGAGCAAUCCAUUAUCUGCAGCAGCAGGAAACAACACCCAGAAAAGCGGUUCUGUUUCUGCCGCCUAUGGAGCACCUUUUUACGUUGACCUGGCCUACGUGCCCAACCACUGCAGUGCCAAGAACGUCGAUCAGGAGUUCUUCAAGAGAGUGCGAGCUGCAUACUACGUGGUAAGCGGAAAUGACCCGAGCAGCGGGGAGCCGAGCCGUGGAGUCCUGGACGCCCUGCUGGAUGGCAAGGCUCAGUGGGGUUCAAAUUUACAGGUAACUCUGAUACCAACCCAUGACACAGAGGUGACUCGAGACUGGUACCAGCAGACCCAUGAGAGGCAGCAGGACCUGAACAUCAUGGUUCUGGCCUCCAGCAGCACCGUAGUCAUGCAGGACGAGUCUUUUCCUGCAUGCAAGAUUGAGUUCUGAGCUCCUGGCUCUGCUUUCCCACCAUUCUCCAGCGCUACGCCAUUUUUACUGAAAGAGAGCAGAGAGCCCUCUUCUCAUUCUGUCAUGGUACUGGUCUUAAAAACAUUUACCACCGCCCUCGAUAAUGUAGAUUCUGCAAAGUCAGUCAUUCCGGCCAGAUGCUUUGUGUUAUUGUGGUUAUUGCGCAAAUAGAACAGCUCUUCUUAUUAGUUUUCUUUGGUGAGUCCAAUCUAACACUUUAAAUAUACCUAAACUAACGGCAGUGUAAUAACAUUCAAUAGUCCCGCCAUGCUUGAGAACUACUCAAACAAAGCAUUUAAAGAAAAAUAGUAAAACUAGAUAUUAUUAGGACACUAAAGGGGCCAAAAGCUGCUGUUAAAACACAAAAUCUUGUUUUUCUCAAUUUUCCCAAAAACCAUUUCUUUGUCAAUCAGCGCUCACUUAUUUAUAGUUGCGUUCUGCUCUCAUCAAACGUUGGAAUGUUGUCGGUUUUGACACAAACUGAUGUUCGUAACUCGAAAGCUCCUCUCUGAUAACAUAGUGAAGUUUAGGAGCAGCUCCACGUUUUCAGCGUUUACGGCUUGGCUGCUGCAUGAUGCUUGUGUUGUAGCUCUCUCUGUGAGCUGCGUAGACCAAACCUUCUCUAGCAAGCCCUCAAGUGUGGGAUGCAGUAUAGUCUUGAUAGGUAACUACAUUGUUUGGAUGUCUGUGCUCAAGUGCAAGGCAAAUGGAUGGCAUUUUUAAUCAUUUCUUUGCUGGAUUGAAUGGUUCUGUGUUCAGGCUGUAUUGCAACCUUUGGUUGUUUUUUUCCUUUACAUGUGAGAUUAUUCAAAGGUCAUUCUCCACAAAUUCUUUGUGAUUAUGCAGCAAACUGAAGCCAGAGUGAUGUUCUUGAGGAUGCUUUGGAGAAGAAAUUCAUUUUAGCUUUGAUCUGGGACAAAUGUAGCAGCGAAAGCUUGUCUGUGCAGUUCUUCACGGACAGGGACGGGCGGGCGGAACAGGGCAAUAGCUAUUUUUGUUAAGGGUUUAGACGUGUGAAGUAUGGAAGCUUCUCUUAAUGUACGUGCCUUUAGCUUGUGCUUUUGGAGAGACGGGGGUGUUUUCAGGUCAUGUCAGUCACUAUGAAGCAGAGCCAGAAGCCAGUCAGAUCAGAGUUAGAACCAACCGGCUCACGCACACCUCCUCCGCAGACAAUAAAAUCUUUCACUCCAAUGAUGCCAAUUUUCAAAAUAAAUCUGAUAAAUAAUCCAUUUAACUUGCAAAAUCUAAAAAUACCAGGUUCAAACACAAAUGAAUGUCUUUGAGCAGAUUAUUGCACCAAAUGGGGAUUCACUGUCUGAGUGUGCUUGCAGUUGAAGUACAGAGCGUUUGUAAUGUGUUGAAAUGUUCUUCCAAACUGAAUACAAAUAGCUGAUAUUAAUCCCUGAGAAAUAUUUACAGACUGUGCAUGAAUGUCUUGAUUGUUACUGGACACUGUUAAGAAGUAGGAAUGCUUUGGGGUUAAUUCUGUGUGUGCGAAUCUAGAAUGCACAGUUUUUUUUCCAUAGAGGAGCAUGGUUUGUUAUUGUAAGUUAACUGUGAAGGUCUCUCUGCUUGAUUGCAGCCAGACUUGGAAAAAAAUACUACUUUGAAAUUAUUUUUGGCCAUUCAUCUAAGGAAAUAAGGUUUUUUUUUAGUUUUUUUUUUAUAAUUUAUAUUGAAAAGAAGUUUACUUCUUUUUUUUUCACUUUAUUUUUUUAAAGAUUAAAAACUGCACCAGUCUGAUUAAAGUUACAUGUAAAAGCAAAAAAAGUUUGAUGCUUACAGUUAAACUUGGUUUAUUUUCUAAAGAUCUAAAACAUUUUUAAAAUUCUGCAGAUGGUGAGGCAAUACUCUCAGUUUCUUUUUAUCCAAAAAUCUGAUCCUGAUUUUAUAACAGGUCUCAAAACUAGUUAGGAUGUUUCAAGCAUUAAGUCUUCUUAGAAUUUUUUUCAAAUCAACAAAUGAUUUUAAUUUCUAAAUCUGAUUUUUCCUAAUGGCUUCAUGUUUUGUCAGGGUUUGUUCUGAUGAUGCUGUUGGCAGAUUACAAAUCGCCAGCCGAGAGAUUUUCAAGGCUUUAACAGAAUGCUGUGAAUCACUUAAAAAUGAACUGUAUGACUUUACAGUAGCCGAAUGCACUACACAGGAGAUCUCUUUUUUAUUGAAUGUAGAGUUGGUACAACCGUACGAAUGCUGCUGAAUCACAACAAGAAACAAAGAAAUGAACAAUAAUUGUAAAGUGGAUCACAACCUGCACAGACUCCUGUUUUCGGUGCAGCGUUGGUUCUCUAACAGGUGAGACAGGAAAAAAAAUAUACUAGUUUGAUUUAAAAGGAAAGCAAUCCCACUGAAACCACAUCGACAGUAAAACAGACACGGUACAAACUCCAGCUCCAACUUCCUUUUCUUUUCCUGAAAAUGACUUGAAACACAUGCAGACUCAAAAUGCCAUCAACGAAACUAAUGUACACUAAAAUGUACUGUACACAAAUAUGUACCUACUGAUCAUGAACAAGCAAAACUGACAAAUAAAGAUAAAUAUUCCAAUUAUUAAGGAGAUUUUAAUGACACAAAAAGCUAAAAGGAACAGAAAGAAAGAAAAAAAAGUCUCUUUUCAUUUUUCUCUCCGCGUCUGUAUUAAAGAUGAAAAAAAAUCAUUUAAUUGCAAACAGCAAACGAUCUCAUCUGUCCAUCUAAUCUUUCUGCAUGUGAUUUAUUUAGUUAUAAUCUUGAAUGUAAUUGUUUAAUAUGAAAACAAUAUUAAAAUAAUGAUACAAUGCUAUUUUAAAGAGGUAUAUUUAAAAUAUGCUUAUUGUCUUAUCUGGUAAUAAUAUGACCUACAGUAAUAUAUUACUGGGCUGUGCUUUCAUUGUUUGCCCUAUAACAUGUUGUUAAGACGAUUCUGUAUUGGCAGUUCUCUUUAAUUCUUUCUCUUUUUCCUUUCUUUCUUUUUGCAUUGUAACUAUCUUAACCAUGUUUUUUUUUCUUUCUCGGCUCAAUAUACACUAUCUCUCUGUCUGUUUGAAACUCACUGGUAAAACUAGAACUACUGCAGACUCAUUGUAAAAGGGAAAAAGCUUGGUGAUCAUCAAUAAAACUUCAAUAAAAAUUCAAUCUCGUG